CUACGAGUUCCGAUAUCAAACCGAUUUUAAAGUCCAAUUUUUCAUACCGGAACGGUGGAAAGAGGGUGUGUGUAACAGAAUCUCAAAACUAACCAAAGCAUUCUCCAGAGGAGAAGAAAUGUUAGGGCGUAGCUUAAGAGUUCUUCACCAUGCCCGGCGGUUAUAUUCAGUAGAACCAGCAAAAGAGGUUGUUGUGCCGAAUGGUGGCGGCGACGGUAAACCCGCCCUAAAAGGUAAUAAAUAUGGUGGUGGCAAAGCCAAUAAAACUACUUGUGAUGGUGAUGGUGAUGGUGGUGGUGGUGGUGGAGGAGGAGGAGUAGAUACAUUAAGCAAAAGACUGUUGCGGUUAACAUAUGCAAAACGAAGUGCUGUGACAUGUAUAAAUGAAUGGAUUCAAGAAGGCUGGAGUGCUCGAAAGUAUGAACUCAAUCGAGCUGUUCGUGAACUUCGUAAAUUAAAACGCUACAAACAUGCCCUUGAGGUAUGUGAAUGGAUGAGAAUUCAAAAGGACAUAAAGCUGUUGGCAGGAGACUAUGCUCUCCAUCUGGACUUGGUUACAAAAGUUCGUGGCUUGGCCAGUGCAGAGAAGUUUUUUGAAGAUCUCCCAGAGGAGAUGAGGGGAAAAGCUGCAUGCACUGCCCUACUCCACGCCUACGUACAAAACAAGUCAAUAGUCAAGGCCGAAGCUCUGAUGAGAAAAAUGUCAGAAUGUGGUUUCACAAAGGAUGCUCUUCCUUAUAAUCGCAUGAUUUCAUUGUACAUUUCAACUGGGAAAUUGGAUAAAGUCCCUACAGUGAUUAAAGAGUUAGAGAAGAAUACGUCUCCUGACGUGUUUACAUACAAUCUGUGGCUGUCAGUGUGUGCUUUGGAAAAUAAUGUUGAGAAUGCAGAAAAGAUCUUUCUGAUGCUAACAAACGCAAAAUUAGAGCCAGGUUGGAUGACGUACAGUACAUUAACCAAUUUAUACCUGAAAAAUGAUCUCCACGAGAAGGCCAAAGUUACAUUGAAGGGGAUGGAAAAAGGGGUUGACCGUAGGGAUCGGGUUGCUUUUUCUUCCCUUAUUACCUUACAUGCAAAUUUGGAUGAUAAAGAUGGGGUAAAAAGAACGCUGAAGAAGAUCAAAUCAUUAUUCCGUAAGAUGAACGAUGCAGAAUAUUUGAGCGUGAUAGCUUCAUUUUUGAAAAUUGAGGAGUUGGAAGAAGCUGAAAAGAUAUACAGAGAGUGGGAAUCUGUGUCUCCAACAGGUGAUGCGAGGAUUUCAAAUAUACUCCUUGCAGCUUACAUUAACAAAAAUCAGAUGCACAAAGCCGACAGUUUUCUUGACCACAUGGUAGAAAAAGGAAUAUCUCCCAAUUAUACUACAUUCGAGCUUCUUACAUGUGGUUACUUGCAAACAGAAAACACCGAUAAAGUCACGGAUUACUUCAAGAAAGCUAUUGAAAGCGUGAAGAGAUGGGUACCAAAUGAAGAAAUUGUUCGAAAAAUAUUUGGUGUACUUGAGAUGAAGGGUGAUACUGUAAAUGCUGAGAAGUUACUGAAUACUCUUAGGAAUGCAGAGUAUGUGACAACUGAAUCAUACAAUUCUCUACUACGAACGUAUGAAAAAGCGGGCAAGGUUCCAGUAAUGGUUGCUGAACGCAUGGCAAAGGAUGAUGUUAAGCAGGACGAAGAGACGCGGGAGCUUAUACAACUUGCAAGCAAACUCUGUAUAAGUGAUGUUCCAGAGAUACUUUCUGGAGAUAAAUUGUAAUUGGCAAUGCAAAACAAUCUUUCUUAUUUAGUUUUGCUGUCGAAAUUAUUUUAUAAACUAGUUACAUCAUUCGUCAAUUCAAACAGUAAUUUAAUCUUCAUUUUUAAA